AUGCAUACGCACACUGGCAAGCAUGGUGACCUUCCAUACAAACGUGUAAUUCUUUUAGCACUCGAUGGCCUUGGGUUAUACGCAAAGAAAUUAAGAGAUGCCGGUGAGCUUUCCACUUUCAAAAAGUUUUGGGAAAAUGGCACGAACUCAUUCCAAGCGAGAGCACAACUUCCGUCAAACAGUGCCGAGAAUUGGGGUUCGAUCCUUCAUGGCGUGGUUCCCAAAAAGCAUGGGUUAACUAAUGACAUAGUGAAUUCAGGACGCGCUUAUGAUGAAACUAAUGGUUUCGAAAGUGUCUUUAAGAUUUUAGAAAAGAAAUUUGGUAAAGAGCAACAAGUGAAACUUGCUUCUUUUGCUGCAUGGGCACCAGUAAACACCGGAAUAAUUGAGCUUUCAGUACCAAUGUACCGCUAUGCGCCCGAUACUAACGAAUCAAAACCCAUACAAUGGUGGUUAUGGUUCAAACAUCGUUGUCUAAACAACUCCACGUAUGAUGGAUACGUAGUAAAAAAUGCUUGUGACUACAUUAAGAAAGAAAACUCUGACGUGAAAUUACUAUCUAUCCAUUUGGUGGACGUGGACGAAACCGGACAUGGACACGGAUGGGGUGGUAAAUAUUACAAUAAACAAUUGCGAAAAAUGGAUGCACGCAUAAAUCAGAUAUUGAAGGCGAUUGAUGAGGCGGGAUGGACCGAGGAUUCACUCGUUAUUAUGACGACAGAUCAUGGUGGAAUUAAUAAGGGGCAUGGUGGUGAAUCUAAGGAAGAGGUGUCGGUGUUUUUAUCUGUGCUUGGAUCGAAUAUUCAAAAGAAUGGUAUAAUCGAGGGAAAUGUAACUAAUAUGGAUACAGCGGCAAUUAUUUUAAAAGCUUUGGGUGUUGAAGCACCUGAAUGGUUUGACGCGAAAUUACCUAAUGGCAUCUUUUGA